CAAGACAGAAGAAAGCUGUGUUUAAUCCCUUUCUUCAGCCUUUUCCUCCUCCACUUCUGUCUCUCCCCUACCCUUUCACCAAUCCAAGGGCCACAAAACAGUCACAGGCCGACUGGAAACCCUGAACACAGUCCCACACUGCAAUAUUAAAAAAAGGACUAGCCUUUCAGAAGAGUGUGUGUGAGAGUAACUAAAAUAGGAAGGGUCAAAGAACAAGGAGAUAGGGAUCGUUUUUGUUUCAGUUAGUUCCUCCUCCAGUCAUCCUCUCGAGUGGUUGUGUGUUCACCUGCUUCUCUACUCCUCCCCUACUACUGGUAACAGCAAGUACAAGCACUAGCACUGUUGGUUGUAGCUCCAAUGGACCAUGAGUUUUUGGCUGACAUUGAUGAUGAGUAUGAAAAGUUGGUGAUUCAGUUGAAUCCUCCAAGGGUUUCUGUGGACAACACUUCCAGCAGGAAAACCACCUUGGUGCAGGUCAGCUGCUCGGUAGGCAGUGCAAACAGGCAAGGAAGCUUGUUGGAGGUGGUGCAGGUUUUGACUGACCUCAACCUCACCAUCACAAGGGCUUACAUCUCCUCUGAUGGAGAGUGGUUUAUGGAUGUGUUCCAUGUCGUGGACCAAAGUGGGAACAAAAUUUACGAUGGCGAAGUCAUCGACCGCAUUCAAAAGUCAUUAGCAGCAAGAGCAUCAAUCUCGCAGUUAUCGCGAAGGUCUGUGGGAAUACAAGCCUCAUCGGAACAUACUUCCAUUGAACUAGUUGGCAGAGAUCGACCAGGCCUGCUCUCUGAGAUUUUUGCAGUUCUCUCGGACCUCAAGUGCAACAUCGUUGCCGCUGAAGUAUGGACACACAAUUUGCGGAUGGCAUCAGUUAUCUACAUCACAGAUGAAGAAAGCGGAGGGCCAAUUGAAAACAGCGACCGGCUUGCGAAUAUCAAACGCCUCCUCCGCUAUAUCCUUGUAGGAGACAGAGACAAGAGGAGCGCAAAGACUGCAAUUUCUGUAGGAGUAACUCACACUCAGAGGAGACUGCAUCAGAUGCUGUAUGCUGAUAGGGACUAUGACAGGGGUGACACCGCCGGCGAGGAGAGGAGCAAGCUAGUUGUGAAUGUGGAGAAUUGCACUGAGAAAGAUUACUCCAUGGUGAAUAUGAGGUGUGAUGAUCGGCCCAAGUUACUGUUCGACACAGUUUGUACUCUCACAGACAUGGAGUAUGUGGUGUUUCAUGCAACUGUGAUUGUCGAAGGGCCAGAAGCAUAUCAGGAAUAUUACAUUCGACAUGUCGAUGGAAGCCCCAUUAGUUCAGAAGGGGAGAGACAAAGACUAGUCCUCUGCUUGGAGGCUGCAAUCAGAAGAAGGAAUGCAGAGGGUGUGAGACUUGAACUUUGCUGCGAAGACAGAGUUGGCCUCUUGUCUGAUGUAACUCGCAUAUUCAGAGAAAAUGGACUUUCAGUCACACAGGCCGAGGUCACCACUCGGGGAUCUCAAGCUGUCAAUGUGUUCUACGUCACAGAUUCUUCAGGGAAUCCUGUUCACAGUCGAAUGAUCGAGGCAGUGAGGAACGAAAUUGGGCAGGCGAUUCUGCAAGUCAAGGAUGAGAUGCACGCAAAAGCUUCGGCAGAGGAGAGUGGGAGAUUCUCAUUGGGCGGUCUCUUCAGGUCCAGAUCAGAGAAGUUGCUACAUAACUUGGGGCUCAAAAGAUCAAGCUCGUGAGAUCAGUUUUCUCCUCACUGACCACCAUCGACUUCUUCACUUUGGCCUGAGUGAAUGCCGAGGAUCUGUGGAAGAAGUCCAUGUACUUUCAACUGUUGGCUGCUGUAAAAGAAGUUGAGCCUCACCUUUCUUCGAUGCAAAUGAGACAUUCAAAAGAAGCACUGCUUCAAUUUUCCUACUUGCUGCAAAAUGUACUCAUUGCAUGAAAGAAUCUUUGACCUUGGCUUUCAUGAGCAGUCAUCAUCUUUUCUCUUGAAGAAUACUUCAGAUACAUGAAGAUACCAUUAAUGAAGCAUCUUUACUCUGAUACA